AUGGCCAGACCGGCCUCUCCUAACGCCAACUACCCAGAAAUAAACGAGUAUUUUCCGAAUUUCGAUUUCUCACUACUUACUAUUCCACCGCCGGACUGGGAGCUAUAUGACAUCCCUGAUAAGACACAUUUGCGCAACCGUGCCUUUGACCUGAAAACAUUUAAGAGAUUGGUAUUAAAACGGAUUAUAUAUAACCACGAGACUAAACAUCGCCCGAGUUGGCACCAGUUUGUCAGUCGAGACUGUGAUUCCGGCCCUCGACUUUUACGCCAGUCGUAUAAUCCACCGCAGUUCAGCCGGAGAAUACCUAGGGGGGUCCCGGAGUGGAAAUAUUCACUUCCCGAGGAAAUAACGCCAGCGACCGCCAUGGCUCAAUCAGAUGCAAAUGCCAGAGAAGAGAGACCGCUGCCUGAUGCCUCUGUCUCAACCCAAGCUUGUGAACCUCUACGGCCUGCUCCUCGAGAUACCAUAAUUCCUCUCAGACAUCGACCUACUGCGAGUUUUCCUUCCCACCAGAACCCUGUUAUCAAUCAAGAUUCGACCAACCCGGGCUCAAGCCAAAGGCGUGGCACAGCCAGCCGGUUCCUCCCAACCACAAGGACAGGAAUACAAGGCCAUACCACAUGCUCUCCAGGAUAUCAAGCACUAAAAAAUAUACGUACGGCCACCAAAGUACCUCCCACACCUAAUCAAAGCCAAUUGGAUUACCUUCUGCGAAGGUUUAUUUCACGUCGCGCUUACGGGCUUUUAGAUAGUCCUUUGCACAAUGAAAUUCCAUCAGCACAGAUUCGCUUCAUCAGGGAUUCCGUGACUGGGCCAAUUAUAGGGGCAACAACAUUUUCCCACCUCCGACUUAGCGUGUCUGAAGACCGAACACAUAUAUUCUUUGAUGACCAGGGGGCUCUUUAUCCGUUCAGAUGUCGCGGGCCUCUAUCUCGUAAUGGGAUUUCGGACGUAGUAGAUUGCAUUAUUGUUGCAGGAUUGUUAACCCACGCCGGUUCAACCACAGUCGACAAGACUGCCAGGCUUAAUCGAGCCAAAAUCUUUAGUCCACCCGAGAGUGCUUUCAUACACGCCUUGAGAGAUUGUUCCAAUGAUAUAUUAUCAGAUGAUUCUGUAUCAACAGUGAAGGAAAGGUUGUGGGAUACCUAUAACCAGCAUUAUCAACCAGACCUCUCGUUCGCCGAAAGGCCUAUAAUGGACCCGGCCCGAAUCUGGGCAGCUUUCACUGGGCCAUUUGCUCAAUUUCAAUUCAGCUAUACGGAUAAUUAUGUAUCCUGCAGCCACAGUGGUGGAACAACAGAAAGUGUUACUUGCCGAAGGACUGUUGCCAGCGUGGGCUACCAGGAUAAUGAUAAUAAGGGGGUUGAAGUUUCUGCUCUCCUGCAGCGCUUCUUUCGGAAUAACACAGCUUUUAAGUGCCCUAACGGGGUAAAUUCAUGCUCAAGGAAGCGUGAGCGAUUAUUUGAAUCCACUCCUUUUCGCCUUGUUAUCCAACCUCAUAGGCAAUCCAGGAUCCUAAAUACUUGUGCUUCCGCAAUAAAAGUGCAGUUUGCCAAUACAGAUGGUGAAAUGAUAGAGGAGGAAUAUAUUUUCAUUGGUGGCAUCUACCGUGAUGAGAAAAACAGCAUGGCACAUCACAGGUUAUGCUGGAAUGACAAGGAUAAUGAGUCUGAUGGUGGCCGGUUUCUACAGAUUUACGAUGCGAGCCAGAUAUCUGGAAUGGUUCCCGGAGGUAUUAGGCCACGCAACCCAUAUGAGAUCGCACCGAGUACGUGGUGGGUUAAUGGCUAUCCGGCAUUGCUCUUCUUUGAGAAGAUCAUACACCCACCCGAAGGCCUUUCAAUUAAUGAACCAGGCCAUUCUAGCAAUAGAACCCCAACUCCUAUUCGUCCAGCAAAGAAAGAUAACCACUCGCAUAAUUAUAUGGUGCCACUAUCGAAGACGAGGCAACCUGCUACACCAUCGCAUACGACACCUCAGUUAACCAAAAUACGGACUCUCACUGGCUCAAUACGAAGAAACCCUGAACCCACCAGCCCAUCAGGUAGAAGAUAUAUGAAUGAGGUUCAGUCAAAUGCACACUACAACCCUACUGGAUCAUCUAGGCAGGUAAACAAUACCAACCAUGAUAACGCGUCACGGAUGGCCCAGGGCCCCUAUACGGCACCUAGGUUUGAUACAACAAUCAAUUCUCGCUCACACGCCAAUGGAAGGUCACAGGCGGUGUUAACUGGUGGUCAACCGUAUCAAGCCACCAAUCACCCACCUUCAAUGCCUAUGUCUAGUACGCCUACCGAUGCUCAUAGUCAUAUGGACAAUGACGAUAGGCCCAGUUUAGUGCCAGCCAGAGGCCACCGGGAUAAUAACCACCAGCGAUAUCAUAGCCCAGCGAUAUCCGAAUUGAACACUCCCAUCGACCGUCAUGUUCCUAGGGGCUAUGUACUAAGUCCCGAGUUUUCAGCACACUAUCCAACUGAUGCAUAUGAAGAAGCCUUAACUACACUUGAUACACCCACCAGUGCCCACCGUCAGAUAAAUCAUCGGCCCGGUUCAGCAUCAGCAAACCAAGAAAAGCAAAGACCACCCAGCAUCGAAGUACUCAGCAGCCCCCUCUCGCCUGCAGGCGGUAGAGCAGAACCGGCAGUGGUCAUAAAUCCCCAGGCUGUUAACAUCUACGAUGCACCCCGUUAUCCGCCCCCUAUACACUCUCCCAACAUGCUUCCCGGCCCCUCAUGGGCUGCAAAUAUAAAUGGUGAGAUAGAUCCGCAGCCACCCAUACUUACUGAUACACAGACGCCGGGAGCUGCAAAUACAGAUGCCAUAUCGAGCUCCGCGGUGGGAAUAAACCCGGAAGACCUCGAGGCAUGUAACUGGGCAUUUGAUGAGUUCCUUCACAACGAUACUCUACUCUACCAUAUUGAGGAUCCCAUGGAUGCCAACUCGGCCAUAGCUAUACCCCAACCUCCUGACGACUUGUUCAGCCCAGAGGGCCAGGUCGAGAACACUGACAUGACAUCCUUCACGACGGAUGAGGCAUGGCUGUCCCAGUGGGAUGUAAACGGGGUGGCCUCGAACGCGGGUGCAACGCCUCUGGUGGAAGAUACACUUCUGGGGGCUCCGAUGGUGGGUGAUGCUACCAGCGGCAACAGCUUGAAGAGAAAGAGCUCUAUCGGGGACGGCGAGUGGCCACCCUUUACAGGUGAAUACGGAGACCAGCUCAAGCGAAGAGGCUGA